AUGAAUGACCCUGCCCUGCAGCAACAGAGCCUUCCGAUCAACUUAAAGAAAUACCAGUUGGUCCUGUCCCUGACACUUGCUGUUGAAGAGAUCAACAAGAAUCCCCAGCUUUUACCCAACAUGACUCUGGGGUUUGAGAUCUAUAUUGCACAUUAUGUAGAAACUGAUGUGCUAGAGAAUCCACUCACCUGGCUGUCUGGGAAGGAUAAAAACAGCCCCAAUUACACCUGCAGAAGAGACAGCAAAGCUUUAGCAGUACUGACAGGAUCGUCAAGCACAUCUGUCCCAAUCAGGACACUGCUGGACCUCUACAAACUUCCACAGUUCACCUUUGGGUCUUUUGAUCCUCUCCUGGGUGACCAUAGACAGUUUGAUGCUAUCUAUCAGAUGGCUGCCAAGGACUCAUCUUUAGCCCUAGCCAUGGUCUCCUUGAUGGUUCAUUUCAGCUGGACCUGGGUGGGACUGUUCAUCACCGAAGACGACUAUGGUGUGUGGUUCCUCUCAGAAUUGAGAGAGGAGAUGGGCAGGAAUGGAGUCUGUUUUGCUUUUGAGAACACAAUCCAGACCAAUGCAGUCUCUGAUUUCUCAAGUGAUCCAUCAGUGUAUCACCAUAUUAUGGAAUCAUCAACCAAUGUGAUUAUCAUUUAUGGAGACAAAGAGAGUCACAACAUCUACAACGCCGUGUAUGCUGUGGCCCAUGCCCUCCACGAGAUGCUUUUUUAUCAAACAGAAGAGCCACCAGCACACAAUGAGCAACCAAAGGCAAUUCUGUCUUCACAGCUACAUCUCUUCUUGAAGAAGAUCCAAUUUACCAAUCCUGCCGGAGAACAAGUAGUUUUGAAUGAGCAAAAGAAAUUGGAAGCAGAAUAUGACAUUGUGAGCUUUUGGAAUUUUCCAGAAGGUCUUGGACAAAGGGUGAAUGUUGGCAAGUUUACUCCAUCUCGGCCACAUGGUCAACAACUGAUUUUGUUUGAGAAUCUGAUAGAGUGGCCCAUAGAAUAUAUCAAGUAUGAAGACCCCUUGGGCAUGGGUCUGGCCUGCAUGGCUCUCUGCUUCUCUGCACUCACCUGUGCUGUUCUUGGAGUCUUUGUCAAGCACCAAGACACCCCCAUUGUCAAGGCCAAUAACCGGGCCUUCAGCUACCUCCUGCUCAUCUCCCUCACCUGCUGCUUCCUCUGCUCCUUGCUCUUCCUUGGCCGUCCCCACACAGCCUCGUGCAUCCUACAACACACCACAUUUGCAGUGGUCUUCACUGUGGCUGUCUCUACUGUCCUGGCCAAGACCAUCACUGUGGUUCUGGCCUUCACGCUUACUGCUCCAGGGAGAAGCACGAGGCAGUGGCUGGUGUCCCGGUUUCCUAGCCUCAUUAUCCCCAUCUGCACUCUCAUCCAGGUGACUCUCUGUGGCCUGUGGCUGGGAAUCUCUCCUCCCUUUGUGGACACAGAUGCACACUCUGAACAUGGCCACAUCAUCAUCCUGUGCAACAUGGGCUCUCUCAUCACCUUCUACUGUGUCCUGGGAUACUUGGGCUUCCUGGCCCUGGCCAGCUUCGUGGUUGCUUUUCUGGUCAGGAACCUGCCUGACACCUUCAAUGAGGCCAAGUUCCUGACCUUCAGCAUGCUGGUGUUCUGCAGUGUGUGGCUCAGCUUCCUGCCUGUCUACCACAGUGCAAAGGGGAAGGUCUUGGUGGCCGUGGAGGUCUUCUCAAUCUUGGUCUCCAGUGCAGGCCUCCUGGGCUGCAUCUUUGCCCCCAAGUGCUACAUCAUCUUGAUAAAACCCGAGAGAAAUACUUUGCAAAGAUUCGGGAAGAAAUCACGAUCUGGAAGAAAUGAACCUUAA